GCACGGUCGAGAGCUUUCCGGCAGAAGGCACGGUCGAGAGCUUUCCAGCAGAAGGCACGGUUGAGAGCUUUCCGGCAGAAGGCACGGUCGAGAGCUUUCCGGCAGAAGGCACGGCAAAUUCGAGACACCACUAGUACUACACAAUGCAACAGAAUCGUCAGCACGAGACUCGAAAUCACUCCAAAAAUUUUGUGGACCCGGAUACCGGAGCUUCUACGAAUACAGUGGAGUGCGCGGCAAAAGGCAAAAGGCAAGAAUUCAAGGCAAGGCCCAACUUCUGAUCUGUCACGUUUUGGUACGAAUCGUCAGCGACUGUCGUGUGGAGGAGACCUGGGUGUGUGCAGCGGCGAUUCGUAUGGAAAACUAGGAAUUUGGACGAGAUAA